AUAAUUAGCUAAAAAAAAAUAAUUUUAGGUACAUAUUGGUUUUUAAUAGCUAUUUCUGAAAUAGUUGAAAGAAAAAAACAGAAGAAGAAAAAGAAGAAUGCUUACUCGUAUAAAAUUGUUUUUUUUACACUUUUAUUGCUCAAUUUUCAAUUAAUCUAAAGGAUGUCUUCACGAGAACCGUCGAAAUGUUGUCUUGUUAAACCUUUUGAGCAAGUUAGCAAAUGUUGGGAUAACUAAUAUUUAUCUUGGAAAUAGUCUUCAACACAAACUUCUUCAAAAAAAACUCACAGUAGUUGUUUUGCCAAAUAUCAUGUCCAAUUAUAACGGAGUGGUUAUGAUCACACAGGUAGAUGUGGUCAUGGUUUUCAAGAAGAUGCAAAUGAAUGCAAAUGGCAAUCAUUGUUUACUUCUAUGAUAGAGUUUUCAGAUAAUGUUUGCUUGCAGAAGGCUGCUUGUGAUUUGCUUCGAUCAGAAAUUGAGUGUAAUCCUAGUUUGUGUGAUAUAAUAGGUGAAGAAAGUGAUAGCCAACUCCCAAUUCACAACUGUGUUGCUUCAGCACUUAAAGUUCACAUAAAAGAUGAGUACUUGUUUCAGUCAGCAUGUGCGGUUAUAUAUCAACUUUCGGUAAACUCUAAAAGAAUUCAGGAAUCUUAUUUUAAAAAAGGAAUUUAUAUAUUAAUCAUUGACGAAAUAUCGAUUAACUGCGAUCAUUAUAUCCAAGGUUGGGGCUUUCAUGCUCUACGAGGAUUAUCUCAUGAUCAUUUAAUACAAAAGGAACGUAUCUUUGAAUGCAAUAUUUUUAAACAUAUAGUGCGUGUUCUACUAGAAAUAAAGGAUAUCUGUGUGCUAAAAGAUUGUAUUGGAUUAAUUGCUUGUUUAGCACAAGACCUUGAGGCUUUUAGAAAAGAGUGCAUAGACUUUGGUAUACCUGUAGUUAUUCUUGAUAAUAUGAUUGAAAAUAAUAGAAAUGAAGAAUUUGUUGAAAUAGUAUUAGAGGCAUUAGCAUAUUUCUUUCCAUUUCAAGAAGAAAUGCUUCUUAAAUUAGCUAAUAUUCGAAGUAUUCACAAUGUCAUAAAGUUUCACCAAUCCAAUGAAGGAAUAAAUUUAAAAACUUGUGUAAUAGUUCAAUUAAUAGCUGUUCAUAAAUGUUUCAUUGAACAGAAAGAUGUUUUUAGCGAAGUUGUGGAAAUAAUUAAAGAUGCUGUUAAUUGGUUCAAUGAAAAUUAUAGCAUCAAAUUAGAAGGAUUGGUUGCUUUUGCUCUGCUACUUGGUGAUUGUUCGUAUGAUAAAUACGAGGCUAUUAUCGCCAGUAAUGUUCUCGAAAUUUUAUUAAAUAUUUUUGAGAAUUCAGACCCUAUGCUGUCUUCACUUGCAAAACUUUGUUUGAGCAGUUUGACUUUUGAACAAAAAAUCAUAAACUUAGUUUUUCAACGUGCUUGUUUUUAUGGUUUUAAGAAAUGCUUUAGGCUACUGGUUGAAUGGGGUGCAGAUUUUAACUUUAUUUCUAACGAGGGAAGUGCUCUAUGUAUUGCUGUUACAAACAAUCAUAUUGAAAUUGUUGAGUACUUGCUUGCUUUAAAACCAUCUGAUAUUUCUGAAGCUCUUCAUUGUGCACUCGAAAAGAAUUUACAUGACAUUGUAGGCAUAUUGUUAUGCUAUAUUGGUUAUGAAGAAGUUAAUAGGGCUAUAACAUGGAGUGCAUUAAACAUUUCUUAUCUGAGGGAAGAGUAUUUACUUUCCUCGAUACUACAAAGUAAAAAGGAUACAAUAUCUGAUUCUGUAUUGUUGAAAAUAGAUUUAAAGGAGGAAUCAGAAUUUUUAUUAUUGUGUAAAAAUAAAAUGUUAAAUGAUAGAAGCGUUACUAAAAGUGUUAAACUUUUAGUUGUUUCAAGACUUCCAUUUAACGUCUUAGAUCCUCGAAAUUUAAGUUCAUCUAAAAACUCAGAUAUUGAUUUUGUUAAAUAUUGUAAUGAUCCAAUUUAAACAUACCUCGAUCAUACCAAUUUAAACAUACCUCGAUCAUACCAAUUUAAACAAACCUCGGGAUAUUUCAAAUCUUAUUCAAACACAAAAGAUUACUUCAGUUCAAAUUCAAUCUGAUAUAA